GCGCAGCGGCGUGAGGGCCGUCGGGACCGGAAGUGGGGGCCGGCGUGCAGCCCAGGGUCUGACAGGAGAGGCGUGCCCGGCCGGCGGCCGUACCUGACAGCGGGAGCGCGGUCCCGGAGCCGCCCGGCCCUGCGAUGGGCCUCCUGUCGGACCCGGUGCGCCGGCGCGCGCUUGCCCGCCUCGUGCUGCGCCUCAACGCGCCGCUCUGCGUGCUGAGCUACGUGGCGGGCAUCGCCUGGUUCCUGGCGCUGGCUUUCCCGCCGCUGACCCAGCGCACUUACAUGUCGGAGAACGCCAUGGGCUCCACCAUGGUGGAGGAGCAGUUUGCGGGCGGAGAGCGUGCCCGAAGCUUUGCCCGGGACUUCGCUGCCCACCGCAGGAAGUCGGGGGCUCUGCCAGUGGCUUGGCUGGAGCGGACGAUGCGGUCAGUGGGGCUGGAGGUCUACACGCAGAGUUUCUCCCGGAAACUGCCCUUUCCAGAUGAGACUCACGAGCGCUAUAUGGUGUCGGGCACCAACGUGUAUGGCAUCCUUCGGGCACCGCGCGCUGCCAGCACUGAGUCCCUGGUGCUCACCGUGCCCUGUGGCCCUGAGUCUACCAACAGCCAGGCUGUGGGGCUGGCGCUGGCGCUUGCUGCGCACUUCCGGGGGCAGAUUUACUGGGCCAAAGACAUCAUCUUCCUGGUGACAGAACACGACCUUCUGGGCUCUGAGGCUUGGCUUGAAGCCUACCACGACGUCAAUGUCACUGGUAUGCAGUCAUCCCCUCUGCAGGGUCGGGCUGGGGCCAUCCAGGCAGCCGUGGCCCUGGAGCUGAGCAGUGAUGUGGUCACUAGCCUCGACGUGGCUGUGGGGGGACUCAACGGACAGCUGCCCAACCUGGACCUGCUCAACCUCUUCCAGACCUUCUGCCAGAAAGGGGGGCUCCUGUGCACGCUGCAGGGCAAGCUGCAGCCCCAGGACUGGACAUCAGCGGACGGGCCGCUGCAGGGUGUGCAAACGCUGCUGCUCAUGGCUCUGCAGCAGGCCUCUGGCCACCCCCACGGCGCCCACGGCCUCUUCCUGCGCUACCGCGUGGAGGCUCUAACUCUCCGUGGCGUCAACAGCUUCCGCCAGUAUAAGUAUGACCUGGUGGCGGUCGGCAAGGCUCUGGAAGGCAUGUUCCGCAAACUCAACCACCUCCUGGAGCGCCUGCACCAGUCCUUCUUCUUCUACCUGCUCCCCGCACUCUCCCGCUUCGUCUCCAUCGGCCUCUACAUGCCUGCCGCCGGCUUUUUGCUCCUGGUCCUUGGUCUCAAGGCUCUGGAACUGUGGAUGCAGCUGCAUGAGGCUGGAGUGGGUCCUGAGGAGGCUGGGGGGACCCCUGGGUCCAGUCCUCCCCUCCCUGCAGCACAGCGCGUGGGGCUGGCCUCGCUCGUGGCACCCUUGCUGAUCUCCCAGGCUGUGGGCCUGGCCCUCUACGUCCUCCCGGUGCUGGGUCAGCACGUGGCUGCCCAGCACUUCCCCGUGGCCGAGGCAGAGGCCGUGGUGCUGACGUUGCUGGCCGUCUAUGCAGCUGGCCUGGCCCUUCCACACAGCACCCACUGGGUGCUGAGCACACAGGCCCCAGACAGGAGCUGGAUGGCGCUGAAGCUGGUGGCCCUGAUCUACCUGGCACUACAGCUGGCCUGCAUCACCCUCACCAACUUCUCCCUGGGCUUUCUGCUGGCUGCCACCAUGGUGCCCGGCGCUGCACUCACCAAGCCCUCCGGGCCCCGGCCACUCUGUGCUGCCCUGCUGGUGCUGACAAGCCCAGCAGCUACGCUCCUGGGCGGCCUGUUCCUGUGGCGGCAGCUGCAGGAGGCGCCGCUCUCCCUGGCCGAGGGCUGGCGGCUCUUCCUGGCCGUGCUGGCUCAGGGCGUGCUGGCGCACCACACCUAUGGCGCCCUGCUCUUCCCGCUGCUGGCGCUGGGCCUCUUCCCCUGCUGGCUCCUCUUCUGGAAUGUUCUCUUCUGGAAGCGCUGAAGGCAGGUGGGAAUCCCCCACGCGCCCCACGCUCUUCCCUUCCUGGGAAAUAAACAGUUCUGCUUAGCUGCC